AUGGUUAGACAUGACGUCCAUUUAGAGAUCAAUGAUACCAAGGGCAAGAAGCUCAGAGUCAAGAUAAAGAAGAUCAGACCAGCGCGCCUUCGACGCGACAAGAAGGGUAGGUACAUCAGAAAUAAGAAGAGAAAGGUGUACAUCAACUCUCGCAAGUCAGACUUGGAGUUGAUCAAGAAAUUGAUGGCAGAGGCAUCCAACGCCAAACCCAUACUGACACCGUCAACUGCCCAAUCUCACAUCACUCCAACAGAAGGAUCAUACAUUAGAUCAAUACAGGACGCCAACUACAGGGAAGCGCUGAUGAAGAAUGCCAGGGACUUGGAACAACAGACUAGAGCAAAGGUCGAUGCGAUCAUCAAGGACGCUGCUGCUCACUCUGACAUCAUGGACAUCAAGCAAUCACUCAACAAGCGAUUCCAACAGGACAUGGAGAAGCUCGAGAUUGAAGCGCAAGUGGAGCAGAAGAGAUACGAACUGGAGAUGAAGAAGCUAGCAGAUCACCGUGAGCGCGAACAGAACAGCGCGAUGUCAAAAAUCAACAAGCUGUUGUCAGAGAGAAGGUCAAUCAGCAAGCAGGAGCCACGCGACACAGACAAGCUUGAACACAUAGAUGGAGAGAUUGAUCGCAUCAGGCACCAAAUGGACGAUGGCGAUGUCAAGAGGAUGCUGGACCAAGCCGUCAAUGAACAACGAUUGGAGCAAGCGAUGGAGCGAGCAGAGAGAGAGAAGCAGAAGACUGUCGAGCACAUGAAAGCAGUGGAGGUCAUGGCUGCUGCUGCUGCUCCCAAACAGCCCAAGCCCUCGUUGCUUAAGAAGCCCGUGCCAUCUAUCAUGUCCAAGCCAGUCCCAAAGGUAAAGACAGAGCCAGAGCCAGAGCCAGAGGAGAGGUCUCCUUACAGCUCUCCUCCUCAUCCUCCAGCCACUUCGACAACAUCAACAACCACAACGACACCAACCAAUCCUCCGACAACAUCCACGACAUCAACUACUACGACAACAACGACUAACAAGAGACUCUCUAUCCCAGCAUCUAGUGUCAAGGCAUUGCGAGACGUACCAGCAGCUCUAACUCCCAAGAUCGAACCAAUCAUUCAGAAGUACAUUGACGGGGACCCGACCAUGACAAACCCAAUAACGCUCUACUAUCAUCUGGGCAAAGAGUUGAGGCCCGCAGCAAUGGACCCAAAGGAGAAGCAGGAUCUUCAGAGACAGCUCAAAGAUGAUGCGAUACACGCCAAGCGAGUACAGGACAUGGCAUCGAUGCGACACGUUCUAGAGUCAUUCGCCCCUCAAGUCACAGAUCUCGUCACACGCUAUUGGAACAAUGCGAUCACUUGGAAGGACCUUCCGACACUAUUAAAGAAGGAGCUCAAGAAUCAUAAGAACAAGGACAUGUUGGUGGAUGCUAUUCUUAACGAGGCGCACCAGAUCAAGAAGGGCAACGGCAAGCGAGAGGAGGGCGGUGGGUUGUACGACUACGAGAUCGAGCAGUUGAUGCAGCCGUUCCACAAGGAUGGGUUCGAUGGAGUCAUUGCGAGUGAUCAACUGGAUGAGCUCAAGCCCAAGCAGCGCAUGUCAUUCAUCAUGAACCUCGACAAGAGCAGUCAGCCGGGCAGUCAUUGGGUGGCGUGCAACAUCGAUGCCAAAGGCGACAAGUCGAUUGAGUAUUAUGACUCGUUUGGUGAUGACCCGAGCACUGACUUUAUGAGGAGGAUGAAGCAGUUGGUGAGAGAGAUCGACCCAGACGUGUAUCUCAAGUUAAAGUCAACAGGGUGA